AGUAAGUUAGAUAUUAAGUAAAUUCAAUCAUCCCCUCUUGAACCUUGGAGGGUUCUUCAAAUCGUGAGGCAAUUUUCCAAGUUCUCUAGACUUCUAAUUGUCCCAAACAUUGGAAGUUCCUCUUCGCCAACAACAACUUCCGCAAUUUGAUACCAUGCAGAUUGAAGGAGUUGAUGAAGGGGUCGUUCGACCCGUCGGAGGUGCAGAGACUGGAAGAGGAUGUGAGGCGUUGGGAGAAGGAAGAGAGGUUGCGAAAAAUUGAGGAAAAACACCUCGCGGGUCUAAUCAGUUACGAAGAAUCACUUCUGGCAAAGCAGCAGCUCGCUGACGAGGCCAAAGCACAAGGAGACAGAGUUCGUUUGGAAAGGGAAAAGCUCAACGCAAAGUUGGAAAAAUACCGUGCAGAGGAGAUGGAAAAGCUGAGACGAACCGUGGAAAAGUGUCACGAAGCCGAGCAGGUGGCAAAGCACGCGUACACGUCUAUGGUGGACGAAAAACGUCAGAAAGCUGCGGAAGUAGCUGAGGAGUCGCGGAGGAUAAAGAUUUGUCUGAUCGAACAGAAGGAGGAAGAACUACGAAGAAAACUUCAGAUGAUCCAGGAAAUUAAAAGACUUCAGUCUUUGCAAGGUCACCGUGCCAAUAAGGAACUCGAUCAGGCGGAAACCGGCAGACUAGGACUGAUGUGUGAAAUGUCAUUAGCCGAGCUGAAAGAACGGCUUUAUCUCGCCAAGGAUAAAUGGCGGGAUGAAUUGAUCUCCCGAAGGGAGGCGGUCAAGGAACGUCGUCGGAAGCAAAAAGAUCUCGUUGAUUGUGUUCAGAAGAUGAUCAACGAGCACCGAGGCUCUAAGUCUGUAUUUCAUUCCGCGACACAAAUCGUUUCUCGCCAGCAAACACCUGUUGUCUACGACAAUUCGAAAAUCUUGGAAACUCCCGAGCUCGAAGCUCUUCGCCGGAAGUUGGAUGACCGCCGGAUAAAACGAAUACAUAGAAUGAAUACACCGAGCACGAACGUCAUAUUCAAACUCGACAAUUUACACCAUCGUAAACGUCGCAUAAACAGCACAAAACCAAUUUUAUCCACUGUAUUAAAAAAUGUGCAUCGCUCGUCGCGUUUUUUUAGCAUUACGAAUAUCGAUAUUCCGAGGUCUUCAAUAAUGGCCAAUAAACGCUGUACAACAGUCCUAAAUGUGCAAGCGGGUGUUCAACAACUGUACGUCGUAUCUAACGCGUAG